AUGGAAACGAAGAAGCGACCGAUCAACAACCCUCUAGUGUUUUCGUCGAUAGUUUUAUCUUUUGCUGCCUGUUUCGUGGCAUUGAUUCACGUCGAGAUCGAGCUUCACUCUCAUCGAAAAAUGCUUCAAGCCUUGACUCAACAGAGAGAAGAAAUUAUCCACUCACGAGGCACUGUGAACGAUAAAUCGAUUGUCUCCGCGCUGUGUAGUGACACUGGUAAAGGUGAGUGCUUUGGUUUACUAGUUCGAUUCUCGCAGGCUUAGAGUUCGAACUGUUGCUUCACAUUGGAACUUUCUGUCAAAACUUUAAGCUUUCCGCAACAACGCCCUUCAAUAGUUAGAUUCAGAAACUAAGACGUUAUUUUUUGACUCUAAGAAGAACUAUUUUUUUUAAUUGUACAUAAUACUGAUCAGGAACUACAUUCUGGCGUUUCGGUUUGAGCUAGUUUGGUACAAGUCGAGAAGAUUUCCCUUUCUCUUCUUAAGGGCUGAAACCUAACGCCGUGACAAAGCGUAAGAUAUGGCGAUUCAAUUUCAGUAUUUGUUGAUUACAAUUUCCUUUCGUUUUAGUCCAUGAAAAAUAUGGCAUGCAGUCCAAUAUCAGAUAAAGUUUGUCUUGAACCAGUGUUGUAAGCUAUUGUGUUACUGCAUACUUUAGUUUCAGUUAUUACAGGGGGUAAUUGAAUCGAUCAAAACAUUCUUUCACUGAGAGAUCAUGAGAGUGACAUAAAUUAUCCCUCAGUUGCAGAAAUACAAAUUCGUCACAAACGUAACGCCAAAAAUGUAAACAAGAAAUCAAACGUCAGUGAGAUCAUUAGUAGGGAGGACAUAAGGAAGGAAGUUAAACUGGCGAUGAGUAACCUGGCCUGCAUGGCGCAUUGCCCAAAGGGAGUCAGGGGAAGACGAGGAAGGCCAGGUCCCCCAGGCAAACACGGACCAGUUGGGCCCCAGGGACCACAAGGACCAAGAGGUCCUCAAGGAGAUCAGGGGCCUCCUGGACUUAGAGGCGAACAAGGUCCUCAAGGACCCAAGGGCGAUCCUGGUGAAUCCAUCUCAGCUCCUUCGAUUGUGUCACCUCCGAUGUCCAUGGUGGUGAACGAAACUGGUAUAGCGUCACUACAGUGUGAGGUUAAGGGAAAUCCGGUGCCCCAGGUCACGUGGCUGAAAGAAAAUUCCAGUCUUCCUGCCGACAAACGAAUCAUGCAAUCACGUGGUGGCCUUAUGAUAAGAGAUGUGACGUCACAAGAUGGAGGAGUGUACACGUGCAGGGCAAAAAAUAUUCUUGGAGUCGUGACCUCAUCAUCCACAUUGACUGUUCAAGGUAAAUGUCUUGUAUUUAUUUUCCAUUGAAGUCUUAAUUUACCGUCAUUUUCUCUUACUGUCAUACAUUUAAACAAGGUGAAUACUGUUACAUUACUAACAAAGGUACGUACAUAUUUAUCGAAGCUUCUGAAGAACUUAGAGGCUGUUAUAAGGUACCGUAAAUGCUCGAAUUAGCGCCCGGGGCGCUUAUUUAAUUUUCUAAGGCGAGAGGGGGGCGCUAAUUCGAAGGGGGGAGCUUAUUUGAAGGGCGGCGCUUAUUUCGUUUAUCAAUUUUUAGCCUCAAAAUUAGACUAUCUGUAUUUCUAUUUAAAACUAAACUGCAACAUAAAAAUUCAAAAACCUUAUAGAAAACUACUUUUUGCGAACUCGAAACGUUCUUAAGACUUUUUCAUUAACAAUGUCACAUUUCAUCAAAAGAACCGCGUAUAGACCGUAUACGUCUCGUACAUCGUACCGAGUACCGAAAUUCAUUUUUUCUCGGGGGAGAGGGGGGGGGGGGGGGGGGGGGGGGGGGGCUUAUAUGAAGGGGGCGCUUAUUACAAAUUUUGAGCCUUAGGAAGGGCCCUAAUUCGAAGCGGGGCGCUUAUUUGAAGCUGGGCGCUAAUUCGAGCAUUUACGGUAUACAGUUGAGACUGUUUUACGAAAGUCUUAUUUGUUCCCGAUACCACUAACACCCCAGAGGUUGUUAAGAGAAGAUUAGGAUUAGUCCCAAGCAGAAAAGAAAAAAGAAACCGUUCCCAAUGCUAGAACAACAACAACAACAUAUUGAUUUAGUUCCUGCGCUUCCGCUGGCGACUUUAAGAGUUUGGUUUUCAUUAAGAGCUCAAAAUUGACGGAAAUUCACUUUUGAAUAGGACUCUAACUUCGACUUUGGUUUUCAUUAAGAGCUCAAAAUUGACGGAAAUUCACUUUUGAAUAGGACUCUAACUUCGACUCUGUCACUAAUGAAAUCCAGCCUUAAAACACAAUUAACUGUAGGCUCGACUUCUUAGGGGUACGGUUGUUUUACACUGCCUACAUACAGACGCAGAACGGAGAAAGUAGGCCACCUACUUGACUAAGUGGCAAUACAGGAAAUUCCUCGAGGGGGGCUUUAACGCUUUUAGGCGUGAUUUUCUUUUUCUUGUGUCUGUUAUUUUCAGUUGUGGCCUUGAUCACAAGAAAGCCCUCCUCUGUUAUCGCUGAAGAAGGAGAAAACGUAACCCUGGUGUGCAAAGCUUCUGGUCUGCCGAUACCAACGAUCAAAUGGCAAAAACCAUUAGGUUAUUUGCCAAGAGGAAGGAUUGCAGUGAUCUAUGGGAAUAUGACUAUACUUAGUGUAACUAAAAAGGAUACUGGGACUUACGUAUGCACAGUAAAGAAUCUCCUUGGAGAAGACUCCGCUUUGGUCGUGAUAACAGUGAUUGACAGGCUGAAAUUUACCCUGACACCUCCUCUAAAGGUUGUCGCAUCUGAGUUCAACAACCUGAUGCUAAAUUGCAAAGCUCAGGGAGCCCUAGAAAUAACCUGGAAGAGGACCAACAAAAAUCUUCCUCAAAACCAUGUUUAUAUUUCAAACGGAACUUUGUUACUCAAGAAGGUGACCACAAAUGACGCUGGAUCCUACACAUGUGUAGCAAAAAAUUAUCAACGAACAAUCAAGGCAUCGUCUACUCUCGAAGUGUACAACAAACCUUUGUCCUGUAGCAGUAUAAAAUCAGGCCGCAGUGGAAGCUCUUCAGGUAAUUAUAUUACUGACCCUGAUGGCAAAGGAGGCGUGGCUCCGUUCAGUGUGUAUUGUGACAUGAGUGACAAGGGAGGAGUUGGCGUGACAGUCAUAAGUCACGACAGCGAGAGAAGAACAUAUGUCGGUAACAUUCCUGGAUGUGAGUGGACUAACCCUGGAUGUUACAGGAAAGAUGUAACUUACAGUAGAGUCAACAUCGCUCAGCUAGCAGCCUUAACUAGAAUUUCACAGAACUGUGAACAGUUUAUCAAGUUUGAGUGCUACAAUGAUGUUGCCUUUGUACAGGAAUCAGUUGCCUGGUGGGUGUCACGUGAUGGAAAGAAAAUGACCUACUGGGGAGGAGCUGGUGGAUCAGCCAACAUGUGCGCAUGCGGAGUAAAACGCUCUUGCUCAAGUGGUAAAAAGUGCAAUUGUUACAGCGGUAACAGCGGCUGGAACGAGGACAGUGGUCUUCUGACGGACAAGUUCGCUCUUCCUGUGUCACAAAUCAGACUGUCAGACCUGAAUGAUCCACGUGAAAAAGGAUAUCAUACAUUAGGAAAGCUCAAGUGUUAUGGCCUGGAAUAA